AUGUCUCCUCAGCCAUCUUUAAAAACUGUCAAGAGUCUCCCGACUCUGCCAUGUGGGAAUGUGGAUGAUGCGCCCUCUCCCUCUAACGGAGACUAUAUCUUCAAGGCCGACCCUACUGAAGAUGACAGCAAACCUCUUGUUUCGGGCAAAUCCGAUGCUAUUGAAAAUCGGAUUUGGUUCAAGACCAACGCACUCAAUGCUGCAACAAUCAAGAGUUUCCAAAGCAUCCAGCUCUUCGCGGAUACGCAUGACCAGGGGCAUGUGGAUGAUACCUCCCUAGGGAACUGGACUUGGCUCGAGGUGGCGAUCUUUGAAGAUGAGUCUUCAGACAAGCCUCGAACGAAAGACAGCGUCGAGCUUGUCUGGAUGAGCCACAAGAAUCGCUUCCUCACGGACGAGUAUGGCUGGAUGGCUGGCCAAAUCUUCGGUCGUGAUCACGACCUUUUGAGGCAGCUAGAGCCGGGCAACGUCUUGGCCGUUCAAGUGUGCGCUCGAUUCCCAGGCUGGGAGCUCUACGGAAAAGACGCAUAUCUCAUUUUCGAUGUUGGCGACGAGACAGACCUUGAUCCGCCGCCGGCUUAUUCCAAUGUUCUUCAGCAGAUGAUGAGCGUGCAGCAAACACUCGACGAAGUCAAUGAUCUCAAGCUCAAGAUUAGCGAUAAAAAGAUCGACAGGCAGAAUGAUGCCUUCAAGCCGCAGAUUCCCCUGGACUUGACUCGCGCAGAUGCCUUCGCUGGAGGAGACAAGCGUCCUCUGCGGGUGCUGUCACUUGAUGGCGGUGGUGUUCGAGGUAUUGCCAGUCUUCUGAUAUUGCAAGCUGUUCUUGACAAGGCAGCCCCUGGUAAGAAACCUUGCGAGAUAUUUGAUAUGAUCGGUGGCACUAGUACUGGAGGUUUGAUCGCCAUCAUGCUCGGUCGCCUUCAAAUGACAGUCGCCGAGUGCAUCGUUCAGUACGAUAACGUGAUGAAAGAAGUUUUCCCCGAAACAGGCGACAUAAAGAAAGCGUUCAAUCUUGCGACUCACGGCGAAUUCUACGACUCGACUAACUUGGAGAAUAUUAUCAAGAAGCUCAUCAAGGAUAAGCUGGGCGAUUCUGACGUUGACCUACUUGACGAGAAAGGGCCUUGCAAGAUUUUCCUGAUGGCUACCAACUCCCAGGCUGCGAAUAACCGGGCCCCUGUUUUCCUGCGCUCGUACAAGAAUCCAAACAAUAUGGAGGAUAGUGCAUUGGUGAAUAUGAAGUUGUGGCAGGCAGCCCGGGCGACUUCUGCUGCGCCGGCAUAUUUCAAGCCUUUGCAGGUCAAUGGAUACACUCUUGUUGAUGGUGGAUUGGGUGCAAAUAAUCCACUGGGAUGGCUCUGGACCGAAGUGCUCGGCGUAUUUGGCCCAACCCGUGCAACCGACUGCUUCCUCAGCAUCGGAACUGGAAUGGCCGCCAACGCCCCGGUUAUUCAGCCAGGUAUCAUCCCUACUCACGCAGUGGAGGAGAGUUAUAUCUCCGUUGCAACCAACAGCGAGCUUAUCAAUAUCAUGUUCCGAACACUGCUCGACGCUUUUGCUCCUGUCAUUCGCGAGCACAAGUACUGGCGGAUGAACGUGUAUAAGGACAUUCUGACUGAGGACAAGGUCGUUGAUGGCGGAUGGCUGAACUGGAAGAAGCAAGUUGUGCCAACUACUAACAAUUACGAGAACCCUGGAGAUCUGGAUGAUGUCAAGGCAGCGCUGGGGAAAUUGACUGACUGGACUAAAGAGUAUAUUGUGCAGGAGCAGACGAUGAUUGCGGACUGUGCGGCUGCUAUUGCGAGGAAUGUCGGCAAGUAG